UUUUUAACCGUAUCGCUUAUAUGCCUGUCCAGUAUAUCUUAGUUAAUUAAAAAAAUAUGUUCUCCAUUAUUUCUGACCUUCCUCUGAUCAUUACUAACAUAAAAUCUUCUUCAACAGCCUCUGUAGUAACAUACAGCAUCGUCGCCGGCAACACUUACGACGCCUUCGUCAUUCGGAACUUCACUGGCGAAAUACGAGUUAACAACGAACUUGACUACGAAAACAUAACGAGUUACAGCCUCGACGUCAGAGCAUUUGACGGCAUUUACGAAGAUUAUGCCAAAGUAAUAAUUAAUAUUGAGAAUUUGAACGACAACCCACCUGUGUUCUUGGCUAAUUAUACUAAGACAAUUGAAGAGGAGAAACUUUAUGAAGGCUGUAUUGUCAAGGUUGAAGCCUACGAUCCGGACAUCAAAGACCGGAAUGCCCCUCAAAACAUUGUUUACUCCUUAGUGAAGCAUGAACAAAAGGAGUUCUUACAAAUUGACAACGAUGGCUGUCUUCGGCUGACGAAACCGUUGGACAGAGAUCAGCCUCUAGGGUUCACGAGAUGGCAGAUCCUGAUCAUGGCUGCCGACCAUGGCGGACGACUAGGAUCUGACAGUUUAAGAUCAACCACAGAAGUUAUCCUGGAACUGACUGAUAUCAACGAUAAUGCACCGUUUUUGACUAAUACCCAGCCAGUAAUUUGGUACGAGAAUGAGCCUCCCGGCCAGGUAGUGAUCCUGACCGCUAAGGACUACGAUUCCACUGAAAAUGGACCUCCUUUCACCUUCGCCCUGAACGAGUCUGCCUCAUUUGAUAUCAGAUCCAAAUUCCAUAUACAAGGUAACAUCCUAUCGACUUUGGUAUCGUUUGAUCGCGAGCAGCGCAAGGAAUACAGGAUUCCAGUGGCCAUCACGGAUUCAGGAACCCCUCGACUGACAGGCGUCUCCAUCCUCCACGUGGUGAUUGGUGAUAAGAAUGACAAUCCCAUGGCACCAGGACACAGCGACAUCUUCGUAUACAAUUAUAAGCCGGAAACCUACUUCAAUGAGAUUUUAUACAGUUGGAGAUACUACGUAAGUAUAGAAUUAUUAUACAUGUAUAGUUGUUAUUGUUCCUUCACUUUUCUUUGUUUGUUUAAUACAAUUGAAGAAAAUUGUAUUGGAUGGGACUUCGUUUCUCUCAGUUUGUCAAAUCUGUUGUUUUGUGUUUAAUUUUCAUUUGUUUUUCUCUUUGUUUUGUUUUUCUUGAGAAUAGAACGACGUUUAUUCUAGGAUUGUAGGUGUUUUAUUAUAAAUUUACCUUUAGUUUUUAAGGUAGUCUAGUUUUAUGCACAAAA